GAGAGAGGACAAACGAGUGGCGCAGCAGCACUUAGGCGGAUUGGACAUUAUCUCUGGAGGUGGGCUAACGCAGCGCGCCGCCGCAGAGCGCGCGGGACCUGAAUGAUCGCCAUGGCAACACCAGCAGCAGCCUCCUCAGCAUCAGCACCAGCAGAAACCGCGAGCCGCUCAUGCCCGUAUCAACACCGAGACCUGCCGUUGUCUCUUUCAUAAAACACACUCACAACUUAAUGACAUAGGAUCAAAGCGAGUGCGCGGAUCAAGUCUCCGGGGUCGCGCAGCAGCGUCGUCGCGAGGGCAGGUUAUGGAAUAGAUGAUGUCAGAAGUUCAGGGCACUGUGGAGUUCUCGGUGGAGUUGCACAAGUUUCACAAUGUGGAUCUCUUCCAGAGAGGCUUCUAUCAGGUGAGAGCGAGUCUGCGUGUGUCACCUCGAAUCCCCCACAGGAUCACAGCCACAACACCUGGAUAUACAGGCGAGUGCAGUUUCGUCACCGCCGGGGUUCAUGAUGGAGGGGUCUUCAGUCGGAUAUUUCAGAUCCUCUACAGGAAUGAAGAGGUGACCCUUGAAGACCGUAUGAACUUCAGAGUUCACCUGCUGCUGGACGGAGAAAGGGUGGAAGAAGCCAUGAGCGAAGUGGACGUCCAGCUUAAAUUAGAUCUGCACUUUACAGACAAUGAACAGCAGUUGGCGGACAUCUCCUCAGUGCCUCUGAUCAGCAGCAGGACGUUGGGUCUUCACUUCCAUCCACAUCAUGGCCUUCACCAUCACCUGCCCGUCAUGUUCGAUUACUUCCAUCUGUCGGUGAUCUCCGUCUCUAUUCACGCCGCCUUGGUGGCACUGCACCAGCCGUUGAUCAGUUUUACACGGAGCGGUAAAGGGGCGUGGCUUGGUAGAGGCUCUCCUGAGAGUGAGGCUCCGCCCUCUAUGAUGUCAGUGGAGAAUCUGAUGUUCGGGGCGGGGUAUUGCAAACCUGUUCUGACAGAGGGCAGUUUUUAUGUGGCAUCAGAGAACUGUCUUCAGAGAGCGUUUACGUGGCACAGGCACAUCUGUAAACUGUUGUUGGCCGCUCACAGGGGUCUGCGCUCCUAUCACACGGCACUAAUGAAGGAGAUUCCUCAACUCCAGCGCAUAGACAUGGAGGACCUGCCCAAUGAAGAAACAUUAAACCAGCUCAUCAUUCAACUGCAGUUACAGGGUGGUCAUGAGAAGGUCGCAGAACAGAUCAGUAAAGAUCUCAACCAUCUCUGUGCUCGGCUGUCUGCUGUUUGGACUCAGUUUUUGGAAGCCACAGUUCCUAAUCCACAUAUCCGCUCUUAUCUGGCCCAGGAACACCACACGCUCAGGGUCCGGAGGUUUUCAGAAGCGUACUUUUUCACUGAACAUCUGAAAGAAUCUUCACUCACGUUUCAGGAGGAAUUGAUCAACAGACAUGCGCAGGUGGCUGCAGACAUGCGGAACUCAGAUUACCUGCUCCGAAUGCCUCCGCUGCCUGUGGAAUGUCUGGACAUUGACGGAGACUGGAGCAGCCUGCCAAUCAUCUUUGAGGACAGAUACGUGGACACGCCCUGUUUAGACUAUACUGCUCAUAGACAAAAUCAAACAGUCUUCAACUCUCAGGCAUCACCAGAGACACGACACACCAGGGCAGAAGUCCAAACCAUUUGUGUGGAUGAGGGGACACAGGGUAGCUUUUCACCAGCAUCACCCCCCGAGGAGCCCACCACUGAAGAUUAUAUAGACCUCCCCGUGUGUAUGAAUCAAAUCAGCCAUCAGAGCGAUUGCAUCGAGGACUAUAAAGAGACACGAGCUGAAACAGAGGCUGCGAUCAGCUGUUUGGAAGAUAAUGACAGAAAUGAACAUAUCUACAAGUCUGAGGUCAGGACUGGGUCUGGUUCAAGAAUUGAGGCUAUCGAUGAAGCCACAUGCCAAUAUGAAACCGAGAGCAUUGAUGCAAUAGAUGUAGUCCAUUCUCUAGACGGUUAUGAAGAGAAAACUUGUUGCCAAACAGAAGCAAACUUUGAUGAUCUGCAUGAAAAGACUUUUGUUAAAUCAGAUCAUGCAGAUCGGGAUGCUGCAAAACUUUCUGACCUCACCAGCCUUGACAGCUUCGAGUUCCCGCCCACCCGUAAACACCUAGAAACACCAAGCAAUACUGGGAACCUUGACCAACAAUUGGUAUUAAAUGACAGAUACACAGAAGCACCCGCAAAGGAUUAUGGGAGUACAGAUACAGCACCAGCGACCCUAUUGAACACCCACUCUCCUUUAGCCACUCCCCCCUCUCAUAACACCCUACAACAGCUCCGCCGCCUAUCCGAGACCCCGCCCAGGGGUGUGUUCAUGGGUGGGUCUAAGCUAAUGAACCGCUCCUCCUCUGUGAUCUCAGACUCGGGCAUCGAAAGCGAGCCGAGCUCCGUGGCCUGGACACUGGAGGGACGAGGAGGGGUCACGGGGGGUCGUGAUGUCCUGCACAACCUGGCACGGCGCCGGACGGCCCACCAGAGCUCUCUGGAGGGCCUACAGACAGAAAGUCACGGCAGUCUGCCGAGUGCCACGCAGGCGUCUCUGACUUCCAUAAGCUCCCUGCCGUACGAAGAGGACGAGGAACGACAGCUCAGCACCUUGACCAAAUCCGCUUCGGCACCGCAGAUCAGCAGCCCGGACGACACGGAGGAGAGGGAAAUGCCCAGUCAGGAGAAAAGAAACGUGACGGGCGAGGAGAUGGAAAAAAGAAAUGCAAUAUUAAAUCAGGAACGUGACAGGGAUAUGCAACUUGGGACAGAUGGUGUUGAAAAAACCACAGCGGCUGAAAUAUUUGCAAAUUCGGAUGAUACCGUGUAUUCUGAAAACCCAGAGCCUUGCACUUGUGAAAAUGAACACAAGGUGGUGCUAGAGUUAAAUAAAGAUGUAUAUGAAGAAGACAAUGAUAACAUCAGUGUUCAUCAGAUUCAUUUGAGUGAGAUUGAGAACGUAACUACAGAGAACCUCUCAGAUUCAACAAUCAAUAGCGAGAACACUUGCAUCCGUACAACCAAUGAGAAAGAAAGGCCCAGUGACCUCAUUAAACUUUCAGCCAAUGAGAGAGAGCAGCUGACACCAGAGGGAGAAAGCAGAGCCGAUAAGGCGGCAAGUUUGAGUCUGGCAUUUGUGAAUAAGAAAGUGGUGGAGGUCGUGAACCUGUCGGCUUCGUGCGCUCCCACGUGUCUGCCCUUCUCAUCCGUGCUCCGCGAUUCGCCGUCGGUCAGCGGACUGUCCACUCGGCAGGCCACCUCACCUAUUACCCAUCAACCCCUGGGCUCCUUCGUACUCGUCUCAUCUUCCUCGUGCUUAGGGGCUGAACAAGAAAUAAAUGAGAGGAUGGUCAACUUCUAUAAAGCAAAAGAAGCUCUUCUGAGGGAGCUGAUGUUUGGAGGCUGUCUCUAUAGUGAUCAACCUCUCCUCGCCUCCGAGCAUCCAUACUUCCCCCCGGAAGAAGACGACACGGAGUUUGAGGACGGGAUACAUCUUGUGGUGUGUGUCCAUGGACUCGACGGUAACAGCGCAGACCUGCGGCUGGUCAAGACGUUUGUAGAACUGGGUCUGCCGGGAUCCAGACUGGACUUCCUCAUGUCUGAACGAAACCAGACGGACACGUUUGCAGAUUUUGACACCAUGACUGACCGACUGAUGGAUGAGAUCAUUCAACACAUUCAGCUGUAUAACCUCACGAUCCACCGAAUCAGUUUCAUUGGACACUCUCUGGGGAACAUCAUCAUACGCUCUGUGCUGACCAGACCCAGAUUUCGCUGUUACCUGUGUAAACUCCACACCUUCCUCUCACUGUCUGGACCUCAUCUGGGAACUCUGUACAACAACAGCACGCUGGUCAGCACAGGUUUGUGGCUGAUGCAGAAGUUGAAGAAGUCCGGCUCUCUCCUGCAGCUUACGUUCAGAGAUCACGUCGACCCGCGGCAGACGUUCCUCUACACGCUCAGCAAGAAACCAGGUCUCCAGUUCUUUAAGAACGUGGUGUUGGUGGCCUCCCCACAGGACCGAUAUGUGCCCUUCCAUUCGGCCCGCAUUGAAAUGUGUCGGACCGCCCUUAAAGACAGAACCACAGGUCCAGUAUAUAGAGAGAUGAUCGAUAAUUUACUCCAGCCCUUGCUGAACGCUCCAAACUGUCGUCUGAUCAGACAGAACGUGUUCCACGCGUUACCCAACACGGCUAACACGCUCAUCGGACGCGCGGCUCACAUCGCAGUGCUUGAUUCUGAACUUUUCCUCGAGAAGUUUCUUCUGGUUACAGGGCUGGACUACUUCAAAUAGCCGAUUCAGCCACACUUUGGAGGUAACGUCAUGCCUUGAGAUCCAGCCAAUCAGAACACACUUCCCAGAAAGUAUCGGCCAAAAAGGAGAUGAUUUCAGAGAUAUACUCACCUCUGGAAUGUUUCAAUACCUUCAGUCUGUGGACGCAAGAAAACAAAGAUUCAGAUCGUGAAUCUGAACACAAAUACGUCAAAUAUGUACAGAGAGAACAUUGUAUAGUAAGCAAAUAGAGAAAAUGAGCAACGGGAGGCCUACACACGCCUUAAAGAUUUGUGAGGUAGUUGUAUAAUCAUGUCUGGAGGGUUUAUCGUCAGAUGAAUGUGAAUAUCAUUUGAAUGUCUUUCAAGAGCUUUGAUUAGUCAUUCACUUCAGUACUCCUACACAACAUACAAUACGCUAUAUUUGCUACGGCAUUCAUAACUUGAAGAGGUUGAAAUCACUGGACUGUAAUACUUGAAACGUAACCGCGACGAGAACUCAAACAAGGAUUUCUUUUUAUCAAAUCGUUUUUUAUACUUUCUGUGUGUUUCGACAGCGUUAUGUUGCAAAGUGAGAAUCUCACUGUGAAACGAGCCAAGUCCAUCGUGUUUACUGUAUUGUGAUGUAAAAUACAUUAUGUACGCUUCCCUCGUAACAGUGUUCGCAGUUGCACAUUAUGAACGUUACGAAUGUUUACCAUACGACAGCCUUAAUGAUCAAAGUAUUUCAAUUUUACACACGCUCAGAUGGACCAUUUCAACGAUGUCAUGUACAUUUCCAUUUGUUUUAAAGCUGAUCUUAAAGCAGAAUCCUCGUAUUCUACAAUACAUUGUGUUUUCAAGUCGGGGGCCAAAUGCCAGCCACCUUCACCAGAAACUGUAGGUGCGUCCUAAAUCGGGCACUUAUGCACUAUUCUACGCCAUUUCGUAACAUAAAUAGUGUAAGUAGUGCGUACACAUGGAAAAUUAUGAAAAAAGAAGUGCACUUUAAGUAGUCGGAUGAUAUAAAUAUGAAGUGUGGAACUCUGGACAUUUCUGGACGCACUCAACGGUCGCAGUUUCGUUUACGUUGCGGAAGGGGGGCGGGGCUAUCAGAUGCUGCUCAAGCAAAGUUGAUUACGGAUGGUGACUAAAGUCAUGCUGGGCAAAACAUGUGAAAAUUACAUUAAAUGCACAAUGCACUGAUUGAUUUUUAUUGACAUGCAUUACGUUGUGCGAUUGACGUCAUUUGCCCUCGGCACAUAUACUUCCGGUUAGUGCAAAACCAUUUAGUAUUCCAUUUGGGGCGAUCGUACCCUUCCUAAAUUCACAGACUAGAUGGCUGAGUGCAUAGUGCAUAGUAUGUCAUUUGGGACACAACUAGAAAGUGCUUUGAGCAAUAACAGAAAUCAGUGUUCUUUUAAUUCGUAGUAAACGAACCUCAAACAUUAAGUUUUGAUGUUUACGGACAUUGAAACAGGAAAAUAAAUCCCAUACUGUAUACUGUGUAGACUUGAUGGUUGGCUUUUUAGACUCGGGCUAGUAAGAAGCAACAUGGCAACCACCCAAAACACCAUAGCAACCCCAUAGCAACGCACUAAAACCACUUAAAACACCCACAUGACAGCAAGGCAACACUGUAGCCUCAAACAGACAUCCGGUCAGAAUUUCCCUUUAAAAUGUAAACAUUUAGUACAUUUAUUUAUUUUUGACAUCAAUUGACAUUGCUUUGAAGAAUCAGCCUUAAACAUUCUGAAUUUGGUGAUUUUUGACUUUAUUUAUUUUAUAUAGAGUGAGAAGUUAUUUGUGUGAAUUGUAUUUGUUUAAUUUUCUCAGAUCAGCAAAACUCUAUGUUGUCGUGUUGGCAUUGGUUUAGCAUAAUAACAUUUUGGUUUCUUUGCAGUAGUUUUGUCAUUGUACUCCAUUGGUUUGUCUUACAGAGCAGUUAGAUCCUCCAGCUUAUCAUAUUAAUGCGUAUUACUAUAAUGAUAUUGAUUUCUCUUUUGGAUGUUGUUUAAGGGUCACUCCUUUUUACCCAUGAAUUUCACUUAACAUUUCAUUUUUUCUUCCGCAGAAAGGUCAUAAAUGAGUUUUACAUGAUCAUUUUCCAGCUUCUCUUUGAUUUUUACUACUAAAUACUAUAAAGCUGCUCUCGUACCUUCUAUAUGUCGAUAACCUCCGUUACGAUUGGUUGACAGAAGCAGGUGCAAGAAAUAUAUUUCUCUUUCCAUCAUCACAGAUGCUUUUGCUCUGAGGUUGUUUUUGGGCUGUCUGCAUCUCAAGGGUAACACUUUCAAACUCUAACACCUCGGCUUUUCAUCCCAUUCAGCAUCUUUAGCUCUUGAGUUUCCGUGAGUUCUGGGUCUUAUUCAGUCACCGUCAGCAUCGUGUGAUUGUGUUUAUGUCAGCAGUUAAAAGAUGCCCCUUCCGUCCACGUUGAGCUUUAUGUACACGCUGACUGACCCUUGCUUGGUCGGUAAACAACCUGUCAUCAUGACUGAUGCAAAUGUAACCCCACCUCUUUAAUACACAGGUCACAUGACCGUGUCACGUGAUUCCACUGCUUCAUUACCUCUGAGGGAGCUUUCAGCCAUAACGCCCCAUUACCCAUCAUGCUCUGCUGCACUCAGUGUGUGUGUGUGUGUGUGUGUGUGUGUGUGUGUGUUUGUUUGUUUAAUAAUGCGGGUUGAUGGCUGUCGUUUACACGCACAAAGUAGGCAUAUUAAUUACGGAAAAGAGCUGAUGUAUGUUGGGAUUACUGACCAAGGGCAGAAGCAAGUGUGUGUGUAAACACGCACAGUACGUCAGGUCAGGUGUUAAAAAUACACUCGAGAAUACUAUCAACUGGAAAUGUAUACCAUUCAAAGAUCCCUUGUUUUAUAAAAUAUUAAAUUAAGAAAUUCUUGGUAUGUUCAGGCCGUAUGCAGUUACACCCUUUAAUAUUUCUUAAAAUUUCAAAAUGUUAAUAAUAAUCUCAACCAACAACAUCGACAAGAUUGUUAUAUAGAGAUCACUUUCAACAUCUGAUCAAACCCUAAUGUAUGAAAAUAAAAUUAAGCCCCGCCCCUUCAUUUUAUGAUCACAUACAGAUCACCCCAAUUAAAAAUCAACAGCCACGUUUGAUGUGUAUGUGCGUAUUUGUCUGUCUGUCUGUCUAUAAAGUGGCAGCUCAUCUUUGUAAAUUAAUGUUUAACUUCUUAAUUUAAAACAUUUUGUUUGUUUAAAUCAUACCUGUGUAUUAAGCCACGAAUGAAUCUGAAAUUGUGUUCACUGUGAGACUGUAACAUGUUUAUUUGCGUCUGUUUAUUUUCUUCCGAUAUGUAUCUUCACAUCUGUGCCAAUGCUGACGUUUUUCUAUGUUUGCUUUAAUUAUGUGUUCCUAGUAGCCCAAAUAUAUAAAUAAGUAUAUUCAGUGUAAAAUAAGAAAUGAUACAUUAUUAUAUUAUGAUUAAAUGAAAUAUUACAAUAAAUAGUAUUCUUCUUUUAAAAGUG